AUUUUAGUUACGAGGAGCCUGACAAGUGCCUGGUUCUCUUCGGCGAUGAUCAGGGAUGUGUGAACAUUCUGGCUUUGACUUCCGUUGGUGAAUUACUGAGAACUUGGAAGAAACUGCCCAAAGUGGACAACGUACCCAACAUUAGCAUUAAUAAUGCUGUGACCUCUCCAGAUGUGAGCUAUGUCCGCUGGAAAGUGCAUGGAGACUGGGUCACCCAGUUGAACUACUAUGACUCCAUCAAAGUCUUCAUUUCAAGCUGCAACCAUGAGCCCACCGCUCUCGUGAUAGGGUGCACUACGGGAGCAUCAUAUGUCAAUCAAAAGAUGAAAGAUAUCCAGGAUGUUUGGGAAAAUUUCAAAGGAAUGAAAGGCCAGACAUUCCUUGGUUUGCCACAAAGGCGAGCAGAAGGUGAUCAUACAGUGUUUCACAUCUACAAAGGAGUUAAAGCAUUUUCAUUCUGUAGAAGAAAGAACUUGCUGCUGACAGGUGGAAUGGAUCGAAUCAUUCGAGUCUGGAAUCCUUAUCUGCCAGGAAAACCAAUUGGGCUGCUGAAAAGUCACACAACUCCAGUGCUGUACAUCCAUGUGUCUGCUGAGGAUAACACAAUAUUCUCCAUGUCCACUGACAACACAGUGAAGAUCUGGGACCUGGACACCCAUGGCUGUUUGUUUUCUGCCUCAGCCAAAGCCAGCGGAAUUACGGGCGAGCUGGCUGCCUGCCUCUACCUCCCCCACCUCAGAACCCUGUGUGUGGCCACCAAGGCCGUGGCGCUCCUGCACCUGAGACUGAGAUGUCCUGUGGAGCCUCAGCUGGUGGUCUCCCACAGAGAGCCUGUGGUGUGCUGCAGGUACAACCCCGUCUUCCGGCAGGUGGUCAGCUGCUCAGAGGCAUCAGUGGUGAAAAUAUGGGACUUUGAAACAGGAAGGUUGUCGUCUGAAUUCAUUGGGGCUCAUGGCAAUUCUGGAAUCACCUGCCUGACCUUUGACUCCAGCGGAAGAAGGCUGGUCACUGGGGGCAGAGACGGCCGCCUGAAAAUAUGGAGCUACAACAACGGGCACUGUCUCCACACUCUGGAACACGAUGAAAAGCAAUGUGAAGUUUGUGAUUGUGUCUACCUGGAGGUGAAUCAAAAUAAGUGUAUCAUAGCUGUUGGAUGGGACCGAAGAAUAAAUGUGUAUUUUGAUGUGCCAUGUGACUUUCAUCACGUCUGGAAGCCGCAGCCACACUGGCAGGAUGACCUGAACCAAGGACAUAAGGAAGACAUCCUCUGUGUGACUCAGUGCCCACCAUUUCUUCUGGCCACUUCCAGUUAUGAUGGGGAGAUCAUCAUUUGGAAUGUCGUCUCUGGCCAUGUGUACUGCAAAUUGAAUACCCCCAGCCCAUCUGAUGGUGCAGAAGAGGGAGAAGGUCCUGACAGGAGCAUUUCCUGCCUUGCCUUCUUAAAGACUCGGGCAGCCAAGUGUGACCGCAGUGCAGCUGCGGCUUCUCUGAUGGCCAAUGGGCCCCAAGGUUCCCUCACCUUCUGGAGACUGUCCAGUGGCACCUGUGCCCUUGCAGACUUCACUCCUUCUAAAAGCAAGGCCCGGGUCAGCAGCAUUGUGGUGACAGCAGGAGACACACUGACUUUCGUGGCUGAUCAGGAUGGAUUUGUGCACGUCUAUGACAUCCAGGAUUACGGCCUGCGGGGUGUGGAACUUCAGCCUCCCAAGAAUGUGACUUUCUGGCGCUCCCAUACCACCACAGUGACCAGUUUGGAGCUGAUAGAGGAGAAGUUUCUGCUGUCCGCCUCCCUGGACCACACUGUCCGCCUGUGGAGCAUGGCUGGGGACUACAUAGGGACCUUCGGGCAGAGUGACCCCUGGGAUAUCUUCACCCCUGAUUCCUGGAGCCAUCCCAGAGUGCCCUCUGAAAUUCUGACAGGAGUUCAGAGCAAGCCUAUUGAGCCAGCACUGGAAGGGCAGGUUUCUGCUGUGUGCACAGGAAAGGAGGAGAGAGGAAAGCCUGAGAAGAUCUCAAACCCUCCAGGAGAUGCCCUGGCCACAGCAGAAGCUGAAAGGAGAGAAGACCCACACCCAUACCGCUGGCCCGCACUGGGCAGUAGCAGGGGCUGUGGGGGCCAGACUGUAGAAGUCCCAGGAACAGGAAAACCUGGGGGCUAUGCAUCCCCCAGUCUCUUCACACCAGACUUGAUUGGAUUCUGCAGGAAGUGUGAUGAAGGCAGGCUGCUGCUGGAACGAAGCCUGCCUUCUCUGGGAUCGCCAGGGCACGCGAUUUACCAGGCCCUUCGCUGCCACGAGCUCGCCUGCGUGUCCACGCUCAAAGAGAAGCCGGAUUUGUCUGUCAUUGGAUCAGAUUUGUUCAAUUUCAACAUUCUGGCACAGGAAAAGGAAAGAAGCGAAAGCACCCUAACAGAGGGCUGA